AUGUCGGAUCAGGAAAACUCCCCUAACAAUGAAGUAAACGAGAAGACCGCGGUGAAGACGUGGCGAGCAUGGAGAACCGUUCAUGAGAUGGUCCAAGACCGAGGAUACGAACUCUCCGAGACAGAAGUCAACAUCUCGCUAGAGUCGUUCAAGAACGUCUACUGCAACAUGGACGGCUCUAUCGUACGUUCGAAGCUCAAAUUCUCGGCGCGACCGAGCCCAGAGAUGAUGAAGAAACUAGCCUCUCCUACCACGCCGUCAAACUCGGAACCGAAAACAGAAGUUGGCACGAUAUGGGUAGAGUUCCACGACGAGGAUUCGCUAGGAGCGGAGCACAUGCGCAAGUUCGGCAAGUUCUGCGCGCAGGAGAACCACAGCACGGGAAUCCUAGUAUCGCAUGUGGCCGUGUCGGCUUCGGCUAAGAAGGAGAUUGCCAAGUUCGCCCAGUGGACCUCCAUUGAGUGGUUCCUCGAGGAGGACCUUCUCAUCAAUAUCACUCACCACGAGCUCGUGCCUCGUCACGUCCUUCUCAGUAGAGAAGAGAAGGUCGCUCUGCUCAAGCGCUAUCGUCUCAAGGAGACACAGCUCCCCCGUAUCCUGCAGAAGGACCCUGUCGCUAAGUACUUCGGCAUGAAGCGCGGCCAAGUCGUCAAGAUCAUCCGCACCAGCGAGACGGCUGGUCGUUACGCAAGUUACAGACUGUGCGUAUAA